UACGAAGCGAUUGUGUGGAUUGUGUGUCAAAACAAGAAAAAUUUUCUGCUGAUUCCUCUUGCUGUGCUAAUGGAGUUUUUGCACCGAAAUAAUUUCGAUUCCUGUUUGUGCCAUUGAGAAAUUCUAGAAAUAAGCCAAUCUCUUGGAUAAAUUACAUCGUGGUCCGUGUCUAUAACUGCGUGUACUGAAAAGAUUGUGUGUCGUUCCGCCGUGAAAAAGUGCUUUUCGAAUCAACGACGAACCUUGUUUUUGUUGUUGCUUCCUGCUCGGUGUUGUUGGAACGAGGAACACCCCGUACCGUACGACGGACGACGGAGAACGUAGAAGAAUAUUCGUCGAGUGGUGGGCGGGCAGUGCGGAUGGUGAUGAUGAUUCAUAGAGCAGCCGCUGCUGCUGGAUGUUAUGUGUAUGUUUUCGUCAGUCUGUUCGGCUAGCUAAGGCGCUGUAGCUGAGAAUGUGUUGUAUUACGACGGCCGCAAUCGUUUUGUUGGCUGGCAUUUAAUUUGAUUGUGUCACGGAAAACCUAGUGGCUUACUAGUGAAGAAGAUAUCCAGUGGCUGGGGCAGUGGGGAGUGCUCUAAUGUGUUGAAGCAAGAAAAAUACUCGGUGUUUGUCAUGAAGAUAUCGAACUCGGUGUGAAAAGUAAAGAGAGAGAAGAGUCCAGACCCAGCAAAGCCCAAAAAGUGCUCCACCUUUGUUGUGAAGAGCAUCUGCAGCGAAAAAAAAAGACGUCGGAGACCCGGUGGUGCGGAGAAAAUUGCCGAGCUAAUAGAAAUAAUUGCCUGUUAUUGCAUUGUCUAGGGCUGGAAAAAGUGCUCGUGAAAGUGUGAAAUUGAUUUGGAGCGGAACUUCCGAAUAAAGGAAGAGGCACCGCCGAAGGAAGCCUCAUCAUUCCGGACCAACAGCUGUUUGCUCGAGGGAUGGCUUCGUUCUUCAAUGUGAGUGCCCUCGGGGGCAAUCCGUUCUCGACACCGGUUGGCCAGAGAAUAGAACAAGCCACGGACGCCAGUUUAGCCUCGGAAAACUGGGCGCUAAACAUGGAGAUAUGCGACCUGAUUAAUGAGUCUUCGGAUGGCGCCCGGGACGCCAUGAAAGCCAUUCGCAAACGGUUGGUACAGAAUGCCGGCAAAAACUACACCGUCAUCAUGUACACCCUGACCGUGCUGGAAACGUGCGUCAAGAACUGCGGCAAGGCGUUCCACGUGCUGGUGGCCAACAAGGAAUUCGUACAGGAACUGGUGAAACUAAUCGGACCAAAGAACGAUCCACCGCCCAUCGUGCAGGAGAAGGUGCUAAGCUUGAUCCAGAUCUGGGCGGACGCUUUCCGCUCGCAGCCGGAUCUGAACGGAGUGGUGCAGGUGUAUCAGGAACUCAAGAACAAGGGAAUCGAGUUUCCUGCUACUGAUCUAGACUCGUUGGCGCCCAUCUAUACACCGCAAAGGAGCGUCCCAGACGGAGCGGCUACCGAUAGUACGAUGUCUGUCUCGCCACACCAUGCUUCUCAAGCACCAAACUCACCGGCUAUGCCCCCACCAUCCUCGAUGUCGCAGGAUCAGAUUGCGAAGCUACAAUCCGAACUGGAUAUCGUCACAAUGAACAUGACCGUACUGGGAGACAUGUUGACCGAGCUGAAACCCGGCCAGGAGGAUCCUUCCGACUACCAGCUGCUCACAGAACUGGCCAAUACGUGUCGCGAAAUGCAAAGCCGGAUCGUCGAGCUGAUAGGCAAGGUCAACCACGACGAACUCACCGCGGAACUUCUACGGCUAAAUGAUGAGCUGAACCUGCUCUUCGUGCGGCAUGCUCGCUUCGAGAAGAACCGCGAUCCGAAAACGGCUUCCUCGACCACGCCGUCGGCCAUCCUGGGAGCGGCGAUGGGUGUCCCCAGCGAUCUAGUCGCAUCGACCGGAGCAGCGGACAAGAAAGAAUCGUUAAUCGAUCUCAGUGACGAAGCCAGCGGAGGCGGUGCCGCUUUGAGCUCACAACUGGCCGGGCUUAGCUUAGCGGGAUCGGGUACGACGGCCUCGUCUCAGCUGUCCCAGCUGAGUAGCGUGCCGGCUCAGUCUGGCGGUGCUGCGACGGGUGGCAGUGCGAAGAAAUCUGUCCCACCGGAUGUGGUGUCCGAUGAGUUCGAUAUGUUUGCACAGUCCCGGAAUACGACAGGGGAUAAUACCAAGGACACUGCGAAACCAAACCCGCAAGGACACACCAAAGCGACUCCAUUGAACCCUCAAGAUUCCGAGUAUGAUGAAAUGGAGAAAUGGCUCGGUAACCCGGACGAUUUGGACAACCUGGACGCAUCCGGUGGCAGUGGCAACGGCGGUGGUCCGGAGGAAAGUCUUACCAGUAAGGAAUUCGAAAAGUUCCUCGCCGAAAGGGCAGCCGUCGCCGAUAACCUACCGUCAAUCUCCAGCCAAAUUGGCGGCGGUGGAGGUCCUCCAAACAGUGCCUCCAAGGGGGGCAAGAAAAAGGACGACGAUGGACUGCUGGCGCUGUGAAUGGAGUGCGUGGUCAACACGGGUAAGGUUUUUGAUGGGUUUUCGUUUCGAUGGGCGUGGUUUGGUGGGAAAAUAGUAUGUGAUAGAUGUCGUUUGAGGCGAAGGAUCUUAAUGAGUCGACAAUGUUUCAAAAGUACGUACAGUUGGAACGACAAUGGACGCGAUGGGUGGAAUGCAACCCAAAGUGGCAGGUGCAUUCCAACGGCUUUAAGGGCUCACAAAGACCCAAGACAAGCGCCAUAUUUUACUAUAUUUGAUUAACUGUAUUUAUAUUUUUUUUUUAUUUCUUCUGUUGUUGAACAUUUAAAGAUAGAAAUGAUAAUCGUAACAAAACAAAAUCUACCAUUUUUGCUAGAUAAGUAUACAUUCGUAGUAGUUGUGAGACCCUGCGUUGGGUCAAAACAUUAACAAGUUAAGGUUCGUCACUAGCAACCAGAUGGCCGGGUGAGAAUCCGGAAGAAACCGCUAAACUAUCGAUAUCCUCUUAUAACACUCACUUAAAACAGAGAUCAAUUUGAACUUGUCCUUUACUCUCACACCUCUUGUAAUAGAACAGCAAAUCAAGCAAUCAUCACUGAGGAAGCUAAGCGAUUUACCAUAGUGCGAAUGCUUUGAAUAUUUAACAAAAAUAAAACACAGACAAACAUUUCAUACUGCUAGUGUCAGAGCACAUUUAGGCCAAAUAUUACCGUUAGUAAAACAAAGUGUGUAGCCAUUAUGUUUAAGUCAAGGUUUACUAACGUUUUAUGUUUUUUGCUCAUGUCGGCUCAUUUCAGAAAGUAUUUGUAUUUUAAGAUUUUUCGAGUCCUAUUUUAAAAGAUGCUUUUAUUUUACAACUAUUCGGCCAUAUAUAAAUUUUAUUUGUUUUUUUAUUGUUUGUACCAAACUGUACUAUUAUCAAACACGAUUCUUUUACCUUUAAAAUAAAGAACCCUGCGGGUAGUGUUAACUAAUCUUCGAAAUUGUAAUUUCACUCUUGGUACGUUAAUAUUUCGCAGGUUCAGGCAAGUGCUUUCGUUGUCAAUACGAGUUUUAACUUGUAAGAAAAUUCAAAGAAAAAUGCAUACUGUUAUAAUGCAAAACAAAGAUAAAACACAACAAAAAAUGUACUAAUAGAUAAAUAAUCAGUAAAAGCAA